GUACAAACGCAUGAAAGACGCCGAUGAGCAUCACGUUUUUCCAUUCUGUGUCACACUGCAGAAAACAGAGUAGUAGGGGGUCUCGUUUGUCAACCGUUCGUUGAUGUCAAACGUUUGAUGGAUUGCGAUCUGGCUUCAGCAAAUCGAAAUAUAAAGUCGUUCAUACGACUGUCACAUUCACUUGAAGGGAACUAACUAAUUUUUCGGGAUAUAUUACUUGCAAACUGGCUCCUAGGACACAAAACUACGUUUAAUACAGAUUGAUUAACAAUGAAGAAAUCCCUAUGUAAGCUGCUUACUAUCACGAUAUUACUCUUUCUGCAAGAAGCACACGGCCAAGGAGACUUUUUCAGAAACAUCAACCCGGCAGGUAGAUUUUUUGGACAACGAUUUGGGGCGGGACCUAAUAUUCCACAAAAUAGACAACAGCCAACUCAACAGCAGCAACAACAACAGCAGACAAGGCAACCACAGGCAACAAAUAAUGCAGCAACGGCAACAACAGGGACAUCAUCAGCGUCCAACACUCAACCCGGGAACGCACAGCAAGUCCCUAGACAAGUUGGAACAGUAACAGUUCCCAUCAUAGGUCCCUUCCCAUCUGAUGUCGGGGCCCAGACACCAACAGGAAUGUUCGGCAUGGGACAGCAAGGUUCUUUCAGUCGUAUGGGACAGCCAAUGGUACCUCCACAGGGCAUGGCACCUUUCGGAGGGCGUGGUGGAUUCAACCCAAUGCUCGCGGCGAGACAACAGCAGAUGCAGCAACAAAGACAACAACAGCAGCAACGGCCCAUGUUUCCGUUUGGCCAACAAAAUACCAUGCCCCCAUUUCCAUCUCAGUUUGGCUCGUCCCCACAAAGAGGUAUAGACAAUCUGUUACUGAGGGAAGGGGAGCAGAUGCUCAUUCUACCAAAUAGCAUGGCUCAAACACUGAUGUCAAUGCGGAACGGAAACAGACGGGAAUUGCGCAGGCUCGCUUUACUUGGUAUUCCACGCUCGCUCCUUAGCACGUUUGCAGCACAACCAGAGGUUUUCGCUAACUUACGUAGACAAACUAGUAACGCUGGUGGGGCCAGGACUUCUGUUGUACGACGAAGAAAUCAACAACAGGUAGCUCCUCCGGAGCCAGCACCUAGAAUAAAUUUUCCUCAGACACUCCCCCCACAGGUUCAACGAGAGAUGCAAAUGUCGGGAUUCGGAAGAAUGGCAGGUGUUUCUCCGAGAUUUGGAGUCAUGCCAUCACAACCAACUCAACCGAUCGCUCCAGCUAUCAAUGGGUCUCCAACGCUCUCAUCUGCCGCCGGGCCUGCAGCGAGACCAUCCCUGCAGCAACCACAAGAGCAACCACAGCAACCACAACAACCUCAGCAACCUCAGCAGCAGAGGCCGAUACCAGGCAACCAGGGCCUACAAAUGCCACCUCAAGUGCGAGGAUUAUUUGGACAAGGUAGAAUACCACAAGAGAUGAUUCCCCCAAUGUUCAGGGGUGGCAUGCAAGGUCCAAUGGGAGGCCCAAUGUUUCCGGGUGCUCCACCGGUCAUGCCAGAUAUGACAGGACAGCAACAGCCGGCACAACAAAAUGGCCAACAGCAAACUGCAGGCCAGACAGCAAAUACACCAAUGACUCAAAAUCAGCCUCAGCAGCUUCCUACCCAACAGCAAACAAUGCAGGGAAUGCAACAAAAUGGAAUGCCACCUAUGGGUAUGCCAAAUAUGGGUAUGUUUCCGAUGGGCAUGCCAAAUAUGGGAAUGCCAAAUAUGGGGAUGCCAAAUAUGGGAAUGCCGAAUAUGGGAAUGCCGAACAUGGGCAUGCCAAAUAUGGGAAUGCCUAACGCAGGCGUACCAAAUAUGGGUAUGCCCAACAUGAACAUGCAAAAUAUGGGCAUGCCACAGAAUGGACAAACCAAUAUUCCCCAAAUGAGGCCAGGAGUUCAACAACCUUUCGCUAACGGACAACAGUUCGGAUCCCCUGCUAUGUCUGGUUUACCUAAUCAGGGUGGAAACAUGGCUGCAAACAAUGCAGCGCCACAAACACCGAUGCAACCAAGAAGGCAAGCAACAAACCAAAUGACGACAAACCCAGCAAUGUCACAAAACGGUAUGCCGAAUGGCAUGAAUCCUGGAAUGCCCAGACAAUUCCCCAUGCCUGGCAUGUUCCCAGGUAACAACUUCAGAGGCAGAAUGUCGGGAGGAAUGCAAGGAAUGCCAAGAAUGCCAGGAGGUAUGCCUGGAAAUAUGCCGGGUAUGUCAGCAGGUAUGCCGGGCAUGCAAAAUAUGCCUAGUGGAAUGACAGGGAUGCCGAGAGGUAUGCCAAAUGGAUUUCAAGGAAUGCCCGGAAGGAUGCGAGGAAUGCAAUUACCGACGGGAUUACCACAACAGGGAGCUAGGGGUGCCCAACUCCCUACUCCUGGUAUACCAAAUUUACCAGACAACAUGCCGAUACCAGAUCUACCUGGAAGCCCCCAGCAGCCUUCAUCUGCGUCCCUACCAGCACCAUCUUUUGCUACACCAUCUGCGCCUGGUUCCGGAGGCCUAAACAGACCCGUACCGUCAUUCCCUGGAAUACAGCCAUUCCCCGGUAUGCUACCCCCAAUAACAGCUUCAGCUACCUCUGCUCCUCCUGCCCCUGCUGGCCCGGCCAUGCCGGGUCGUCUUGGAUUACCCGGACCCCUUGCAUUACCUGGACCCCUUGAAUUACCCGGACCCCUUGAAUUACCCGGACCCCUUGCAUUACCUGGACCCCUUGAAUUACCCGGACCACUUGAAUUACCUGGACCCCUUGAGAUGCCUGGACCCCUUGAGAUGCCUGGACCCCUUGAGUUGCCUGGACCCCUCGAGUUACCAGGGGCUGCUAAUUUACCAGGUCCCUUGGCCCUGCCGGGACCAAUCGAGACAUCAAAUCCUGUCGAAAUACCAGGUCCCCUUCCGAACCCCAUUGGAUUUCCAGGACCACUUGAUCUUUCACGCCCUCUCGAACUCCCGGAGUCUUCAAUUCCCUCAAACCCAUUCAAUGGGAAACCGGAAAAUAAAUCCGAAAAUAUGUCCAACUUACCUGGAACAGAUUCCUCACCAGUUCAAGUGCCAACUUUCCCAGGUUUGGAUCUUCCCGGACUACCCCCUUCGAAUGGUACUGGAAUCCCUAUUUCCUUACAAGGAAGAAUUGGUUUUGCCGUUGCCGACGCAGGGUCCCCGCCACCAGGCCCCUUCCCUGGUCCACUCCCUCCCCCUUCCCCUCCACCCGUGAUGCCGUUCCAAGAAGUACCUACCUCCGAACAGCUCGGCAUUGAGCAACCGUUAAUUCGACCUUCACCAGGCUCAAGAAGCGUCUUCAGUGAUACUGGAAGCAUUGGGUUUAUACCGGCUGUCACAGGUGGUGUCCCAUCUGAGCCUGUGCCCAGUGUCGCCAUUGCUCCACAGGACCCCAUACCACUGGAUGUUCCCCCGCCAGGCACCACUGGUGUGCUUGGAGUGCCAGUAGAGGGCGCUCCUACCCAAGAUUCUACUAUGUCUUCUGUCCCACAAAUCCCCUCACAGCCUGCCGUCAGCAAAACCAAUAUUGCUGAGGUGGUCGACCCUUUCCCAGGACUAAGUUUCCCGUCAGGCCCUAGUCUACUCGGGAAUCCCUCAUUCAGGACAGACAUUCCUAAUCCAGCAGAUGCUAUUAUUCAGCUAACAGAGAUCCCCAGUCCUGCAGAUGCUAUACUCCAAGGUCUACCAGCAGACGAUUUUGCCCAACCGUCAGUGGCGUAAUUCUAAUGUAGUUAUUUGUGCUAGGUGCUGUGAAGACAGUUCAACACCCUUAUAAACUUUUCGUUACUCGCGGAGAUGUCUACAGAUGAUACCUAGAACAACUAGCAUUUUUAAAGGUUGAAUUUGACGUUGACUAAAUGCAGCUUUUAUGUACUGUUUUUCAUUUUGAUAUUUUCUCUUCGAGUUUUUGUUGAUUUAUGUAUGCUUGAUUAUUGAAUAAAUUGUUUUAUCAAUAAUUUGAUAUAAAAAUAA